AUUUAAUACUACUAAACCUUUGAAAGGUUUGGUUGGCCACCCAAAAUUCAUUCGUAGUCGCGUUUCCUCUGUUUCUUUACCUUUCACCGCCCCUGCUUCGAUGCUUCCUCACCAAGGGCCUUCUUGGACACGGUCAAUAUCAUCAUGGUCAUGUUGUACCUGCCAGAAACCAUCAACUAUAAAAACCCAUUUCAUUUAGCCUCUUCCAAAGCAUCUCAAUUCACAAACCAAACAUUUCCUCUUCUUUUCAACUUCCAAGACCUUUUUCCAUCAAACUUAACAAAACCAAGUAUAUUUCACUACAAAAACAUGAUUUCUCUUACAGCCUCAAGAGCUGGAUUAUUGAUCUCUGUAAUUGCAUCCCUUUUGCUGGUUGCUGCCUCUGCCGGGAAUUUCUACCAGGAUGUGGAUGUCUAUUUCGGAGGUCCACGGGCUCAGAUUCUUCAGGGCGGCCAGCUUCUCACUUUAUCUCUAGACCAAGCUUCAGGUUCCGGCUUCAAUUCCAAAAUGGAAUACAUGUUCGGGCGGUUUGAUAUGCAGCUCAAACUCAUCCCUGGCAACUCCGCCGGCACUGUCACCACAUUCUAUUUAACAUCUCAAGGAAAUGCCCAUGAUGAAAUCGAUUUCGAAUUCCUCGGAAACUCAUCAGGACAGCCUUACACAGUUCACACCAAUGUUUUUGGUCAGGGGAAAGGAGGCAAAGAGCAGCAAUUUCACCUCUGGUUUGAUCCCACAACAGCCUUCCACACUUACUCCAUUGUUUGGAACUCCCAAAGGAUCAUCUUCUUGGUGGACAACAAUCCGAUCAGAGUGUUCAACAAUGAUGAAUCAAAGGGAGUCCCUUUCCCUAAGAACCAGCCAAUGAGAGUUUACUGCAGCUUGUGGAAUGCUGAUGAUUGGGCUACACAGGGCGGCCGGGUUAAGACGGAUUGGUCUAAAGCACCAUUCUCUGUUUCUUACCGGAAUUUCAAUGCCAAUGGUUGUGUCAGGUCACCUGGAUCUUCAACCUGUGAUUCUACGAAUUCCGCAAACAAUGAUCAGGCAUGGCAGAAUCAGGGACUGGAUGCAAAAGCCCGGAACAGGAUGAAUUGGCUUCGACAGAGAUUCAUGGUCUACAACUAUUGUGCUGAUCGUUCCAGGUUCCCACAGGGCUUUCCUCCGGAAUGCAAAGGCCAGCAGUAG